AUGGAGAGCGCAAUUGAAAGGAAACGUCGCUUAGCGAGAGAAAGACAGAGGAAUUGCAGAGCAAGGCUCUCAGCUGAAAAAUCUGCUGCCAUCAGAAAGCAAGAUAGAAUUAGAGAAGCACGGCGCCGUAAGAAUGAAACUGCUUUUGAAACUGAUGCAAGGAGAAAAUAUCAAAGAGAAAAAAUUUUGCAAAGGAUUGCAAAUGAAACAGAAGAAGAGACUCUUCAAAGACAGCAAAAGAAUGCCAAUGCAAUGAGAGCUGCCCGUGUAAAUAAUGCAGGUUUUAUACCUGAUAAUUACACAUAUUCAGAAAACAGGGUCCACAUUCAUAACUGUGGAAAUAUGGAUUCCAUUUGCCAGUUUUGCUCAGGAAAACAUUUUUCUGCUGAGAAACCAUCAGAUGGACGUUUCAAUAAUUGUUGUCACAAAGGCAAAAUUUUACGUCCUAUCAGAAGAGAAUUUCCACCAUACUUACUUUCAUUGUUAUCUGAUCAAAAUCAUCCACAUUAUAGAAAUUUCCAAGAAAACAUUCGGUCAUAUAAUUCAUUACUAUCAUUCGCUUCGAUUGGUGCUCAACUGCAGAAUCCACCUGGAAAAGGCCCGUUUUGUUUCCGUGUGCAUGGACAAAUUUACCACAGAGCUUCACAUAUUCAUCCAAAUGAAGGUAAACGAAGACAAAAUGCUCAACUUUAUGUUGUAGACAGCACCCAAGCAACAGAAAUAAGAGCUCAGAAUCACACCAAUUCAGGCUGCCUCCGAGAAGUGCUCGAAAACUUGGUUAAUAUUAUUCUUAGCGAUAAUGUGUAUGCUCAUUGUUUUCAAACACUUCAUGAAAUUGAAGUACAAGAAGAACAGCGUACUCAAGAAGAAAACAUUGAUAUGCCAAGGGUCAACUUAGUAUUCAACAGAGAUUGUAUUAACGACAGAAGGAGAUACAAUUUGCCAACAGUCAAUGAAAUUGCUAUUGUAUUCAGAAACGAAGAAGGUGAACCUCCGUUUCAUAGAGAUUUUAAAGUGUAUCCAAGGAACUCUGAGGUUCCAACUAUAAAUCUUGACAUCUUGAGCCCAGAACUUGAUCCAAUGACGUACGUAUUGUUUUUCCCACACGGUGAACCAGGAUGGCAACCACACAUGGCUGGAAAUCGUGAUGACCAGCAACGACAAAACAUUUCAAUGCUUCAACAUAAAAUAUCUUUAACUGCUGUAAGGGAUAAUGAAUUCAAUCCCCUUUUGCACGGGGGAAAACUUUUUCAACAAUGGGUUGUAGAUUCUUACUUGCAAGUUGAAGCUUACAAUUUAAAUUACAUACGAACACAACAAAACCAUCUGAAAGCGGAACAACAUCAAGGACUUGCUGACCAUUUAACCAAUGCAGCAAAUGCUGAAGAUGCUCGAAUCGGAUGGACGGGAUCAGCAAGAAAUAUGAGAGAACAAUACCAAGAUGCAUUAGCAAUUGUGAGAAAAUUUGGCCCCCCUGAUAUAUUUCUUACGAUGACAUGCAAUCCUAAUUGGCCCGAGAUACAAAACAACCUUUUUCCAGGUCAAACAGCCUCCAGUAGACCAGAUUUAGUGGCUCGGGUGUUCAAUAUUAAGUUGCAGGAAUUGAUAAUUGAUGUAACAAAAAGACAUGUGAUUGGCCGAGUUGUCGCACAUUGUUACACCAUAGAAUUUCCAAAGAGAGGACUACCACACGCCCGUUUAUUAUUAAUAUUUCAUCCAGAAGAUAAACCAAACUCAGCUGAAAGAAUCGACAAAAUUGUGUGUGCUGAAAUUCCUGACCCAGAGACAGAAUCAGUACUCUAUGAAAUUGUUAAGAAAUUUAUGAUUCACGGUCCUUGUGGUGAGCAAAACCUUAACGCGUCAUGCAUGGAAAAUAACGACUGCUCAAAAGGUUUUCCCAAACAGUUUCAACAGGAAACCUUUAAAAUCCCAGAUAGUUAUCCAUCCUACAGAAGACGUCCAGGUUCAACAUUAAACAUCGGUCAGAAAGUGGUGGACAACCGAUACGUUGAACCUUAUAACAAAUAUUUAAGUCAUAAAUACAACUGCCACCUCAGUGUAGAAAUUUGCACCUUCAUCGGGUCCGUGAAAUAUGUGUACAAAUAUAUAUACAAAGACUAUGAUUCCAUAACUGUAGGCAUCAGCGAACACAAUGAAAUCAAGAACUUUCUGGAUGCGAGAUAUGUGAGUGCUCCCGAAGGAAUGUGGAGAUUGCUUGAAUUCAAAAUGCAUGACAAAUCCCAUACAAUUAUUCACCUUCCUGUUCAUCUCCCGCAGGAACAGCCCGUCUAUUUUGAGGAGGGACAAGAAAGACGAGCGCUAGAAAGAGCUGCCCAACGCAAUACUCCUCUAACAGCAUGGUUCUUGCUCAACCAAAAGGAUGAAAAUGCAAGACAAUAUCUAUAUGGGGACAUUCCUUAUCAUUAUGUCUACAACAAGAAAAUGACGCAGUGGACUCCCAGACAACGUGGAGCUGACAAAAUCAUAAGUGAAAUGUGUUCUGUCAACCCCAAGUAUCAAGAGAGAUUUUACAUGAGACUUUUGUUGCUACAUGUUAAAGGAUCUCGAAGUUUCGAAGAACUGAAAACGGUGGAUGGCGUCAUAUGCAGCAGCUAUAAAGAAGCAGCAGAGUGCCGGCAGUUGGUUCAAAAUGAUGAUGAGUGCUUAGAAGAGGCUUCUUUGACAAAUAUGCCAAAUGAGCUCCGGCAGCUGUUUGCACACAUUUGUAUUUUCAAUAAUCCGGUCAAUCCUGACGUGCUGUUCAACAACUUUGAAGAAAGCUUGACUGAAGACUUCCUUAAAAAUCACACCAGAACAAUCUCAGUACAACUGGCUUUACGAGAAAUUGAAACCACAUUGUCCUUGUAUGGUUUGACAUGUCAAAAGUUGCAUCUUCCAAUUGAUGAUAUGUCUUUGAUGAAUUCUCAGAAUGUAAAACAAAUCCAGGAUGACCUUGAAGUGGAAGCACAAAUUACUUCUUUCACAGACAACCAGCGUCGUGUGUUUAAUCAAAUUAUCACAGCUAUUGAUGAUGAACACCGUCCCAGCAGAUUUUUCUUCUUAGAUGGCCCGGGUGGUACAGGAAAAACGCACCUCUACAAUACCUUGAUAUCGCAUUUGAGUCGUCAAGGAAAGCAUGUUCUCUCAUUUGCUACAACAGACAUUGUGGCUGAUCUAUUGCCCCAAGGAAGGGCUGUACACAGUGGCUUUAAGCUCCCAGUCCCUAUCUUGGAAAAUUCUACAUCACUGAUGAAGAUUCCAUCACAGCGCUCUGAAAAAUUAAAAUUAGCUGACCUAAUAAUAAUUGAUGAAGCAUCAAUGCUUUCAGGAAAUGCAUUGAGGUGCAUUGAUUUGCUGCUAAAAGAAAUAAUGAGCUGUCAUCAGCCUUUUGGUGGUAAAGUUCUCCUUCUUGGCGGAGACUUUAAGCAAACUGCACCAGCUAUUCCGAGAGGGUCAGAUGCUAUAAUUGAAUCUUCUGUCAAAUAUUCUCCUCUGUGGACAGAUGCCACAAUUUUUACUUUAACAGGGAACAUGUGA